AUGGAGCUGUCCAGGCUGUGUGCUGUGUGUUGUGGUGUGCUGGGCCUGUUGAUUGUCCAGCUGGGUUUGCCUGUGAGCGCUGCGCAAAGCCCUGUGGCACAGACCUGCUCUGGGUACCCUGGUGUCCCGGGAACUCCUGGUCAUAACGGACAGCCAGGGAGAGACGGCAAAGACGGUGUGGCUGGGACGAAAGGAGAGAAGGGUGAUGCAGGUAGCAUUGGUGUACAGGGCCCUCCUGGGAAGCAGGGGCCAGUGGGGCCAAGUGGCCCUAAGGGACAGAAGGGGGAACCAGGACCUGCAGGCCCACCAGGUGAUACACGCCUGACUGGGGCAUUGCAGUCUGAGCUUCAAACAAUGAAAGAAAGUUUGUCCAAACUUGAAAGAGCAACAAGCUUUAAGUUGUUCAAAAAAGUUGGCAAGAAAUAUUUUGUGUCUGAUAAGACGUCCGGGACGUUUGACGAAGCCUUGAAGUUUUGCAGUGAUGCUGGGGUGACACUCGCUCUUCCAAGAAGCUCAGAAGAAAACAAAGCUCUUUCCCAGCUCAUCCCUGAUUCCCAAUAUGCAUGGCUCAGUGCCAAUGACAGAAAAACUGAAGGAAACUUUGUGGACUUGCAGAAUAAACCACUCCAGUUUACCAGCUGGAAAAGUGGAGAACCAAAUAACUUUAAGAAUAAUGAAGACUGUGCCCUCAUACCUCCCAAUGGCAACUGGAAUGACAUAUCAUGUAAUGAAAAGAUGACAAUUUUCUGUGAAAUUUAAAGGAAAGAAAUUUGAGUGAUUUCAUAAUUGUGCACAUACUAUGUACAUCCCUUCAGCAGGGCCAAAGAGGCUUUACAGUG